AUGGGUACGAGGUCAGAUGAAGGGACUACCGAGCAGAAGUACCGGGCCCAUGUCAUGAUGAGGGAUGCUAGUGUGUGGGUGGUGCGGACGUGUCAAGUUCCCAGAACCGCUAUUCACGAAGUAUGUGUGAGGGCUGUCGGUGGAGAAUUCGAAGUUCCAGCCACUUCUUCCCUUGCCCCCAAAAUUGGUCCCCUCGGUUUGUCUCCCAAGAAGAUUGGUGAUGACAUUGCCAAGAACACCACCGAGUGGAAGGGACUGAAGAUCACUGUGAUGCUGAUCAUCCAGAACCGACAGGCCAAGGUCGAGGUUGUAGCUAGUGCUGCAUCCCUCAUCAUCAAGGCCCUCAAGGAGCCCCCAAGGGACAGGAAGAAGGUCAAACACGUGAAGCAUUCUGGCAACAUCACAAUGGAUGAUGUCUUCAAGAUUGCCAGACAAAUGAGGCCAAGGAGUAUGGCAAAGUCUUUCUCCGGAACUGUCAAAGAGCUGUACACAUCAUGCCUCCAAAGAGAAGUCGACCCGGUCGGUGUGCACACGUACUGA